UAUCAUGAAUUCAUGCACUUGAAUGAAACUGUUCUCCAUUUGUUACAUGAUCAUCUCAGCUAUUUGGCGACAAGUAUGCGAUGUGUUGACUUGUUCAAUCGCAAUAAAUAAUUGAUUCAUUGCCGUCUGUCAAUGCAUCUAAAUCAAGCACACGCAAUGCUGCCAAAUGCCAAUUGGAAGACUCGUUCCUACAAAGAUGAAGCAAUCAUCGCUCAUCUAGAGUAAACUAAUAAAUUCCCCUGGGAAACAAAAUCAAGCUUGAUUACCCCUUAUAAAUACAGCCUCCACCAUGCUUAGCGACCACACAGUUCUUUCUCGCAAUCCUUUAAUCUCUAGUACUCGCGAAUUUAGUUUGCACAAAUUCAGGAGAAACAGAGGCAGUACGCAGAUGGCAAGUUAUCUGCUGUUCCUUGCUCUGUUGGCUAUGGCCUGCUCUUCUGCCAUCGCCUCAGAUCCGAGCCUUCUCCAAGACGUCUGCGUUGCCGACAAGACGUCUCCAGUGCAAGUCAAUGGAUUCGCUUGCAAAGACGCAAUGGACAUCGCAGCAGAAGACUUCCACUUCUCCGGCCUUGACAAGGUUGGCAACACGAGCAACAAGCAGGGUUCAGCUGUGACAGCAGUCAAUGUCGCACAGAUCCCUGGCCUGAACACGAUGGGGAUCUCCAUGGUUCGCAUCGACUAUGCUCCCAAUGGCAUGAAUCCACCUCAUACUCACCCUCGUGCCACAGAGAUACUGACAGUGUUGGAGGGCUCGCUCUUUGUUGGCUUUGUUACCUCGAAUCCAAACAACAAACUGAUCGCCAAGGCUCUGAACAAGGGAGAUGUGUUUGUGUUCCCAAAGGGACUUGUCCACUUCCAGUUCAACAAUGGUACAGGCAAUGCUGUAGCUCUUGCAGGAUUGAGUAGCCAGAACCCUGGAGUCAUCACUAUUGCCAACACAGUGUUUGGAUCCAAACCAUCCAUUGCGGACCAUAUACUAGCCAAGGCCUUCCAGGUCAACAAGGAAACAGUGGACUUAAUGCAAGCUCAGUUCUGAUGAAGUGGUCCGGUCGGAUUUAUAACUAUUUGUUUAGCAACAUCAUUACUAUUUUUCUUCAUGCACAUUGUGUUAUUUACAUUAUUGUAAGUUGAUUUCUAGUGAUAUUUUGUGUUGUUAUUUCAAAUUAAUGGGUUUCCUUUUCUGACGUCAAUUUACAUUUUCCAAUAUGUUCAGCAGUAAAUAAAUAUGGUUCUUUUGGUAUUCUACUUUGGUAUUCUAGUUUAUUCAUUAUCCUUUGCGGCCAAUCACAUCCACCCAUUCAAGAGAAUGGUGACUGCU